UAUUUAUCUGUCUUUACUGAAAUUGUAACUGCUUUCUCAUUUACCAUCUAAGCUCUUUAACUGUUCAAGUACUUCAGAAUGGAGUAGAUAUAUUUAAGGAGAAAAUUUUCAUUAGUAACAACAGAUUCAGUUGUUAUCAGUAACAAGUCUGUGCCAACCCAUAUAUGUAAUGCUUCCACUGUUGCAAGUUGACCUGUGCAUGCUUUUCUGAAGUUUGCUACCCAACCAGGUGGUAUGUAUCAGUCCAAUCAGAAACCAGAACAUAAGGUCUGCCUAGUUUCGUGCGGUACAUGGCAAACAUCCUUAUAAGUUAUAACUUAUAAGAAUAUCCUUUUCGAUCUAAACUAGUCAAAAGCUUGUCCAUUUCUUGAUUCUUUGAUCUUGGAUCUUUGAAUAUGUUAAGAAGACGAAGAGGAAGAGGAGGUUGCAGUUUUAUUGGCUUUGAGCUAUACUGGGGCGUUGAGAUAACUAAUGAUGCAUGAAUUUUUUUGGUUUCCUCAUUUAUAUUUAUUUACUUUGGUCGCACCCUGUGUUGGUUCCCAUCUUUAUGUCAGUUAUGUUAUCAUUACCAUACUGGUCCAACCAAGGACCGAUAUGGGGUGGUGCCACUGGUGCAGGCAUUAUAUACCAGUUGGGCUUACCGGACCAGGGACUGUCUAAUUUCAGGUGGUGUACAUGCGGUACAAGGGUUAUUGUCCGAUGGCAGGCCUUCUAUGUUUGAGAAGAGAGCUAGGUUUUUGGGCUUCUGAGAAGGUGGAAAUACUGUGUGAAAGCCUUCCAGGUUCUGGUUCUGAACUUUUUCUAAGAGUUACAAUGUCUAAAAAAUGUUUACCUGGAAGUUUUUGGAGUAACCUUCAAGAUGCCUGUAUACCAAUAAUGGACCUGAUUGACUGGCAACGCAGUCAUCCUGACAAUGUUUAUAAUAUUUCUGGCACAUAUGGAAUAGAUGCUGCAUGGAAGUACUUUGUAAAAUCCUUGAAGUCAGUAACAGCUGAUAUAGGGAGGGACAUACAUAAAAGACACUUAUUUAUGGCUGCAGAUUGCCUUUCAGUGACUGGGGAGUUUCAUGGAUUAAGCACAAAAGGUCUAAGACAGCAAAGAAACGAUAUGUCAAUCUCAUCUCCAUUCGCUCAAGCAUGCCUAUCUAAUCCUGUAAAUUGCUUUGUAAAUGCUGCUAAGCAAGGCUCAAUGGAUCAUCUAUCUGGUACACUUGAUGCAGUGGCUUGGGGUAAGGAGGCUCCAAGUGGAACUGGUGGACCUUUUGAAAUUGUUUACUCAGGAAAGGUUCAUAACCUAACUAGAGGUGAGGGUAUAUAUAAAAAUUUGCACAGCAUUAAAGCUGAGUUACAGCAGGGUGAUGGUGAAGUUUGCAUGGCUGCUAAUCAAACUGUCCCUGCCAAGUGGAAGCAGCAACCAAAGUAUUCCACCAAUUUUGAUGGUGCUAAAGAGACAAUUGACCCACAGACUUCUGAUGAAGAUAACCUAAAGGAAAGAAUCGUUUCUAAAUUUCGUACCAACAACUGUAAAGGUUACAACAAGCAACAACAAAUUUCAGCCAAUGAUUUUCUUGCUAAAAGCCACUUAACUUUUGGAUUAAGAUCAAAAUUCUCUUCAGAAAGUGUUAGCUCAUGGACUGAUGUCGUAGAUAUGUGCUCUUCAUUACGAACAAUUCUAUACAAGUACCCAAUUGAUGGAUUUCUUGAUGAGAAAGAUAAUUCAUCUUUAAUCGAGGCUUUGAACUAUCAUCCCAAAAGAGCUGCAAAAAUAGGAAAUGGAAUCCAAAAAAUCAAGGUUGGGUGUAGCCCAUUGCAUCCUGGCUCCCGAUGUUUUGUUCUGUUGAGGUCGGAUGGUUCACUAGAAGAUUUCUCAUACCGCAAGUGUGUGGUCGGAGCAGCCAAACUUAUAUCACCCGAGUUUGGCUCUAUUGUCCACAAGAAAAUCUUUCAUAGCCGAUAACUCGAAGAGGAUGAUAGUGAACUGUCACCUUUGAUUAGUUUUGUUAAAUGAGAAUUAGGCUGUACAUACUCAGAAGGUCCUGUUCGAACAGUGAGCAGCAAGCUCUUUUGGUGGAUGGCUAACAUUGGCAAGCUGUUCCAUCAGUUGUUCUCUUAGAAGCUUUUGCCCCUUACACGACACAUGAUCUUCAUAGUUUUUUUUUCUUUUACUAUUGGUUGGAGCUCAUGCAGAAAACCAGAAGCUUUUUAAGCAGCUUGAGGAGUUUAUCGGUGCAUUUGAAAGAUCACAAACCAAUGUUCUUGCUUGUAUCCAUCCAUUCUUAUAUUAUCCAUUUCUAAUUAUCGUGCGGAAAACCAGAAGGUUUUUAAGCUGCUUGAGAAGUUCAUACGAUGCAUUUGAAGAUCAUGAACCAGUAUUCUUGCUUGUAUCCAUCCAUUCUUGUAUUAUCCAUUUCUAAUUAUAGUGCAAGUGAUGAUAGCUAAUUGUACAUGCACCAAUUUUGUUAUCUAAUUGAUGUCAGGUGGUAGGAUGGAUGUAAUUAUUUUUUGCUAAUUCAUGUAGAUGGAUCAAUCCUCAAGAAAACAAUUUAUUUUGGGUAAUAAAGCGAAGCUGCACCUUCCUGUUUUCUCAA